GAACGCAGAAUUUUUCUCUUCCGGUACUGAGUGAUAUACUUACGAAGCACGGACAUGGCUACUGAUAACAUCCGUCACGUGACCAAGCCACCCAGAAGACAACCCGGCAACCUGCAAACCUUACCCAGCUACCCCGGUCUCUUGAGCUGGCCAAUGAACGCGUACGAACGCUCGAGACAAACAUACGGGUCACCCCAGUCUCAGUCCACCACAAGCUCCCCGUACAAAAUGAACUGGCAGUUCCGGGAUCCCAUGACUGAUGGACUGACACAUCCUGACUUCCAUGACUUGAGAGGUGGGCCGGCCAACCUCCGAGAUGUCACCAACUACCAUCCGAACCCAUCACCAUUUCCUAACAUCUUUGGCAUCAAGCCGAUCUACCCCGACAUCACAGUGGAGUGUGAGUACAUGAAGAAAUACAAAGAAGACCAGAAGAUCUCCCAGAAAUGGUUGUCCGUUUUUGGACAAAAAUAUUUUUACGUGGCUGACGAACACUUGUAGCCUAGGUGGAGUUGUCUAAAUCCGUGUCAGAAGAGAAUUGGUGGGUCCCAUUCUUCACCACUAGAAUAUAUCGGUUGAUUGAAUCGUCAUUAUACUUGUCAUCUGAUCGAAGAAAUAUGCUAAUCAUCGAAUAAAAUAAAA